CGCGUCCGUCAAAUGGGACAUGAAACACGCCAAUAAUAUUGAACUAUAUGAAUAAGUAUUCUCUUAAUUUUAUAAUUGCGCGUUCAAUAUAACACAAACACAAACUACAUCUUGCUUUACUGAGGAGUCGCUUUCAGACCUAACUAAUCGCAACGCUGUGUCUACGUUAGUGAAUCGAACACUGAUCAACUCGAUCAGGAAAAAUGGCGGAUGACAAGGACCCCCUGAAACAAUUGAAAGACCUGACACAGCUCAAAAAUCAGUUGGAGGAGAUCCAGAGGCGAGUGGAGAAGGAAAUCGCUGUCGGCAUUCCACAGGACGGCUCGCUGUUGGGAUCCCCAUUCCUAAAGGGCUUCCUGGCUGGUUAUGUGGUGGCUAAGCUACGCUCUUCUGCCAUCUUUGGGGUGCUGAUGGGGACCAUCACUGGCAUGUAUGCAGCACAGAACUAUCAAGCGCCUAACGUUGAAAGGACCUUGAAAGACUUUCUCAACAACUUGAAAAAAAAGUAA